AUGGAGUUGUUACCUCAACUCGUAAAAAAGGGUCUGGUUGCCAUUUGCCCGAUGAAGCUUAUACAGCCUCCGUACCCAAGGGGUUAUGAUGCAGAUGCCAGGUGUAGUUACCAUGGAGGAGGCAUUGGUCACUCAAUUGAGCGGUGUGUGGCUUUCAAGUAUAAAGUACAGGCUCUAAUCGACUCUGGAUGGCUAAAGUUUCAAGAAGAUAAACCUAACACUGACACUAAUCCAUUGUCUGGGCAUGGGAGUACCUCGACAAAUGCCAUCCAAGCCGAAAAACAUGAGUUGAUAAGAGACGUGAGAAAAAUCCAGAGUUCUAGGAGGUUUAUUUUUGGGGCGUUGUUAAAAGUAGGACUAGUGGAAGGUGAUUAUGAUAUGGGUGCAGCAUGCGCUCUCCAUCCAGAUAUUGGGCACUCUAUUGAAGAGUGUGCUGAAUUAGAAAAUAUUCUACAAGACCUGCUUGACAGAAAUUUGAUACAAGUAUGCCGUGGGGAUAAGGAUGAGGAAGUGUUUGCACAAACUGGUGGGGAAUCUGAUGUAACUCUGCCAGAACCAUUGGUGAUCCAUUUCACCAAGACCACCCCUGCGCCGGUAACUGAAGGAAAACCAUCUUUUGUUAUCCGUGUGCCAUCCCCAUUUCCUUACAAAAAUGAGAAAGUUGUCCCUUGGAGAUAUGGGGCAUUUGCGUUAGAGGAAGGAAAAGGUGCAGACCCAACCAUUGAAAACAUAUCAAGCAUUGGGGGAAUAACGAGAAGUGGUCGAAUCUUUACACCACCAGAGUUGACAAGAGAAGGAGCCAACAAUAACGAAGCAACAAUGACCGCAAAAGGGAAGGAGUGCUUGAAAGGGAAAGGUGUACAGGCGGAAGAAACCCCUGACAAAGGAGAGAGGAAAGAAAUAUCCAAAGAAGAGGCUUGCGAAUUUUUAAAGUUCAUACAACAGAGUGAGUACAAGGUGGUGGAACAGCUAAACCGCAUGCCUGCUCGGAUCUCCUUACUAGAAUUGCUCAUGCAUUCUGCAUCUCAUAGAAAGUUGUUAAUGAAGGUACUUAGUGAAGCCCAUGUGGAGCAAGAUAUUUCUCUGAACAAGUUCGAGGGCAUUGUUGGAAACAUUAUUGCUAAUAAUUACCUCACCUUUACCGAUGAGAAGAUACCUAUUGAGGGAAGAGGGCAUAACAAGGCUCUUCAUGUCUCUGUGAAAUGCCUGGAUCAUGUUAUAGCACGUGUCUUGGUGGACAAUGGCUCCUCUUUGAACGUCAUGCCAAAGGCGACAUUGGAGAAACUACCCUGUGAUGGAAUGGAUAUGAAGCCAAGCUCUAUGAUUGUGAGGGCAUUCGACGGCAGUAAAAGGGAAGUGAUGGGAGAAGUGGAACUACCGGUCCAAGUUGGUCCGUGCGUCUUUCAAGUGACAUUCCAAGUCAUGGAUAUCCUCCCGGCCUAUAGUUGUCUGUUGGGUCGACCAUGGAUCCAUUCUGCAGGAGUUGUACCUUCCACACUACACCAGAAGCUGAAAUAUGUCAUGGAAGAUAAAUUGGUGAUAAUAUUAGGAGAGGAGGAUCUCCUUGUGACUGGGCCAUCGUCCACACGCUAUAUUGAGGCGGCUGAGGAAGCUCUCGAGACAGCUUUCCAAUCAUUAGAGAUUGUAGGAAAUGCCUAUGUGGAGCCAUUCCUAGUAAGCCCGCGUAUGUCGCGUGCUUCUAUUAUGAUGGCCAAAGUCUUUCUGAAAGAAGGUUAUAUGCAUGGUAAAGGUUUAGGCAAACAUGGGCAGGGGCGAGUUUUCCCUCUAGAGGUCGUUGAGAAUAAGAACAGAUAUGGCCUAGGGUACAAGCCCACCAAAGAGGACAGGAAAAGACUGAUAGGAGAAAGGAGAGAGCGUAGUCUGGCUCGUGUAGAAAGACGGGAACCCAAGAUGGAAAAGAUUCGUAUUUGUGACAUCAAGGAGAGUUUUCACAGCGCAGGAUGGGUCAACACUGGCCAAAUAGCAGCCGUGGAGAAUGAAGAAAGAUCUGAGAGCUCAAGUUUCGUGUGGGCCUGCUCCCCAGAUGCACCACUCAACAAUUGGGAAACCCUGGAUUUACCCGUGAUGCUUAAUAAAAUACAUGACGAUGAAUGUUUUGAAAAUAACAAUAUCGAUACUCCUAAUUUUGAGAACCCUGUCAAUAAUACGGAAGAUGAUUGUGAAGAUGAUCUGGAACCCUCCCCAGAACUAUUGAGAUUAGUGGAACAAGAGUCUAAAGAGAUAAAACCCCACCAGGAAGAGAUUGAAAUACUCAACUUAGGAGAUGAAGAUGAGAUAAAAGAAGUGAGAAUCGGUACUAGCAUGAAAGAAGAAAUGAGAGAAGAGUUGUGUCUCCUAUUGAAGGAGUUUAAGGAUGUGUUUGCUUGGUCGUAUAAUGAUAUGCCUGGUCUGGAUACCAACAUUGUGCAACACAAGCUCCCACUUAAGCCGGAAUGCCCCCCAGUCCAGCAAAAGUUAAGAAGAAUGAAACCAGAAAUGUCCUUGAAAAUCAAGGAAAAGGUACAGAAACAAUUCGAUGCAGGAUUUCUAGCUGUGGCAAGAUAUCCACAAUGGGUAGCAAACAUUGUACCAGUGCCUAAGAAAGAUGGUAAAGUUCGAAUGUGCAUUGACUAUCAUGAUUUGAACCAUGCAAGUCCAAAGGAUAAUUUUCCAUUACCUCACAUCGACACUUUAGUUGAUAAUACGGCCAAAUUUUCGCUAUUCUCAUUCAUGGAUGGUUUCUCGGGAUAUAAUCAAAUCAAAAUGGCGCCAGAAGAUAUGGAAAAGACAACCUUUAUCACGUUGUGGGGAACAUUUUGUUAUAAGGUGAUGUCUUUUGGACUCAAGAAUGCUGGGGCAACAUAUCAAAGGGCGAUGGUGGCACUUUUCCAUGAUAUGAUGCACAAGGAGAUUGAAGUUUAUGUGGACGACAUGAUCGUGAAAUCCGAAUCAGAAGAAGAACACGUCCUCAACUUGAGAAAGUUAUUCGAGAGAUUGAGGAAGUAUAAGCUUAGGCUGAAUCCCGCCAAAUGUACAUUUGGAGUGAAAUUCGGGAAAUUGUUGGGCUUUAUUGUCAGCCAGAGGGGGAUAGAGGUGGAUCCAGACAAAGUGCGAGCGAUAAUGGAAAUGCCUGCGCCUAAAUCGGAAAAAGAAGUUCGAGGGUUUUUGGGUAGAUUGAAUUACAUUGCUAGAUUCAUCUCCCAAUUAACUACUACUUGUGAACCACUGUUCAAGUUGUUACGAAAGAAUCAGGCUGUGGUGUGGAAUGAGGAUUGUCAGGCUGCUUUUGAGAGAGUCAAACAAUACUUACAGGACCCUCAUGUAUUACGUCCACCAGAACCACGAAGGCCACUCAUUUUGUAUUUGACUGUAUUGGACAAGUCAAUGGGUUGCGUAUUGGGUCAGCAUGAUGAGGAUGGAAAAAGAGAGCACGCUAUAUAUUACUUGAGCAAGAAGUUCACAGACUACGAACAACGAUAA